CAGCAAAUGCUGCCCUGGAAAUAGUAAUAGACACCUCUUCCCGCUGCUUCAGAAUUUCCUCAAAACCCUAGGAAAAUUGGUUUCGCUUAAAACCCUAUUUCUUCUUCUUCUUCUUCUUCUUCUUCUUCGGUCUACUGCCUUUUCAAGCUUCCUCGUCGGAGUUGGCACUCCAAAAGGUUCAAGAUGUCGAUGUCCAAGAGCUCGAAGAUGCUUCAGUUCAUCAACUAUAGGAUGCGUGUAACGAUCCAGGACGGCAGGCAACUGGUCGGCAAGUUCAUGGCCUUCGAUAGGCAUAUGAAUCUCGUCCUCGGCGACUGCGAGGAGUUCCGCAAGUUGCCUCCCGCCAAGGGCAAGAAGAACGAAGAACGCGAAGAGCGUAGAACUCUGGGAUUGGUUCUUCUAAGGGGCGAGGAGGUUAUAUCGAUGACGGUCGAGGGGCCUCCUCCUCCCGAGGAGUCCCGAGCCAAGGCUGCUGGCGCCGCCGCAUUGGCUGGUCCCGGAAUUGGCCGCGCCGCUGGUCGUGGAAUUCCCACUGCGCCGCUGGUGCAGGCGCAGCCCGGCCUAGCCGGCCCCGUUCGCGGCGUUGGUGGCCCGGCGCCGGGCAUGAUGCAGCCCCAGAUCUCCCGGCCCCCUGUUCCCCAGGUGUCCGCCCCGCCGAUGACUUACCCGGCCGCUUCUCCUCCAGUGAUUCGGCCGCCGGGGCAGAUGCCGGGUUACCCGGGGCAGCCGCCGCAGCAGAUGGCUCGCGGUCCGCCGCCCCCAAUGCCACCGCAGUUUGCUCCAAGGCCGGGGUCGGCUCCGCCCCCUCAGUUCCAGGUUCCGCCGCCGCAGUUUGGACAGAGACCCAUGGGUCCGCCUCCGCAGAUGAUGAGAGGACCUCCGCCCCCACCUCGGCCAGGAAUGCCAGCCCCGCCGCCUCCUCGACCCGGGAUGCCGCCUCCGCCCGGUGGUGCUGUUCCGGUCUAUGGCCCGCCUCGCCCAGGGAUGCCGCCUCCGCCAAACCCUCAACAACAGCAGCAGAAUCAGCAGCAGUAGUGAUCUGGGUUUAGUCUGGUUAGUGCUGCUGCGGUGAAGAGAUGUCAUUCAGCCAUUUUACGGCUUCCUAGGCUUUUUGAAUAGAUGAUGGUUGUAUUUGCUAAUGGUUUGUAUCUGUGAGAAGUUUCUAUUAGGCCUCCCUCUCCUUAUCUUAAAUUCAGAUUGUUAUGACAUCAACCGUAUAUUUCAGAAUGACAGGCUUCUUCUAGACUGAAUUUAAGUUGAUAAAUUUACCAUUUUGAUUAGCUGAGCAUGGAGCACUUCAUGUCUGAUUGAUGAACCAUGCAUUUGGUACACCUUGUGAGAUUGCUGGGCAGCUUCUACUUCUGUACUUCGUUCUUCCAAUAUAUUUGGAUAAGGAUCACUUAUUGUCA